CUUUUGUUUUGGCGCCGGGAGGCAUGGCGGAUUCGUCCUCCGAGGCGGGGAUUAUCGAGCAGCUGCGAGCGCUCGUUUCGGAUCUGUCGCUCAUGGUCUCCUAUAAGUGGCUGAGCAGGAAGUUUUUUAUUUCAUCCAAUGUGGCAAAACGGCUGCUCUACAAGUUUGUAGAAAAAUACGGGGACGGCUUGGAAGUCUUGUACUCUGUUUCGGGAUGGACUCAAAGCCAACCUCGGAGUUAUUCCGUUAAAGUAGUCAAGCUAUCGCAGCUUGAAGGAGCCAAAGCUCUUCUCGCGGAAGGGUCCUCCGUUCACAUCUACAGCAUCCAAGCUUCUGUCCCUAGAGAUCCAGCGCUGGUGUGGAGUCCAGACAACGUCCAAGCCGAGGAGUUUUUUAACCAGCCUCUCGAUGCUGUUAAUUGCCUUCGUGAUAACCGGUUUAGCGGAGUAUCAUGUUCUCUCGUGAAACGGGAUCACAAAGGAACAGUUUCCAGUUCUGCUCCAGCCUCUGAAAAAGCAUCAUUACCGCAAGGCUUGCCGCCUAAACCAGCUCUUAUGAAGAAUGAAACGAGCAUUGCGGCGAAAGCUUCAAAUGGUGAAACAAGUAAUCCGUCAGGAAGUUCAAAGCAGGCGAACUCUACAAGGGGUGACAAAGGUAAUGUCAGUGCAGGGACGGUAAAACAAGAAAAUGGUGAAGGAAGGCGCGAUGCAAACAAGCGCAAGGAAGGAAGUGCUACAGCGCAAGGAAGCUCGAUAGCCAACUUAUGGGGGCGUCCAUCAAACAAUUCAAAGGCAAGUCCACCAAAGAAUGGUUCUCCUCAAAAGCAAUUACCCGGAAAUGCCGAUGCUUGCAUAAAUGCACUGGAAGAGCAUGAAAACGGUGGUAGCAGUGACGACGAUAUUUCAAACUUUCGCCGCCUCAGGCGGGGUGGACAGAAGCGAAGGGUUGUUCUCGACGACGAAGUGUCCGAGCACAAGGAAGAAGAAGCAGCUUCGGAAGAAAAGGAAGAGGAAGAAGAAGAAGAAGUCAUCAGCCUCAUCUCUCCAGAGAAGAAAAUCGAAGAGACGAAGCACGAAGAUAAAGCAUCGAAUUCAAAUUCGAGGAGCGGUGACGAUAAACGCAUGGACCCCAAAAAGAAGAGAAAAGUCCUCAGAACACGCAUUGAUGAGCGAGGACGCGAAGUGACCGAGGUUGUCUGGGAUACGGAAGAACCCGAAAGCUCGAAGAUAGAAGAGAUAGAAAAGGUGAAAGCUCCCAACAAAACUGCUGCUCCACCACCGCCACCUCCAGCAAGCAAGCAUCCUGCUUCCAAGGCCUCCACCAGCAAAGCUUCCACAAAACCUUCGUCCAAGCCGGGCAAAAAAGCCGCUUGCGGUCCUCAACAAGGCAGCAUAACUUCGUUCUUCAAGAAAAAGUGAGCUUCAAACGUUUUGUCUAAUGGUUUUAUUCCAGAAUGAUCUCUCUGGAGACAUCCACAAGCUUCUGAGCUAAAUCUUAUUCUCCUCCAAACGAGUGCUGGUGGAAUGAAGAAAAAAAGAAGGAAAACUAAGAGUUACAGAUCAAACCAUGGGCUCCAUUCAAGUUGCGUGCUUCAAGCUCACUCUGGAACUAUAAAAUCAAGUUAUUCCUCUAUCAAAUCGACCGCCACCUUUUCGGGGUUGUGUGUGCCAGCUGAUAACUUAUAAGAGAAUCUGAGAGAAAAACAAACGAAAGUACUUCGAAAGGAUUACAUCUAAGAGAAUCUCGCUCUUUGAUCAUAUAAAACCUUACUUGACGAUGUUUCAAUUCUGUCAACUUGAGCAAUUGAUGACAGCCUUGAAGUGUAUGUGCUGUUUGUUCUUAUCA